AUGAGUAAACAGAAAUCGAGUUCAUCCUCGAGUAAAACUAAUGGCACGAAAGACAAAGAAACGUUGAAACCGUCGAAAUCGUCUGCUUCAAUCCAACGUCGAACAACUGCACCGCCUAUUGUUCAAAAUGUGAUUCUCGUUUGGCUAGACGAAAAGAUGGAUGAAAAGGGUAACAGUUUCUGGCGUAAUGCAAUUGCAGAAUUUCGUCAUGAGAUAAAUACAAUUCAUACAUUCACCGAAUCGGAUCCAUGUGUUCUGUUUCUCUCGAAACAUAUGGACGAGAAGAUUUGUCUAAUUAUUUCUGGUACACUUGGCCAGAAAAUCAUUCCGACGAUUUAUAAUAUGUCGCAAGUGUAUUCGAUAUUGAUCUUCUGUGACAAUAAAAAGGAAUUCAAACGAUGGGCAAAGAAUUGGACGAAGAUCUUUGGUGUUUUUACUCAUUCAGCUGAUCUUGCCAAAGCACUGGAAGAGAUUGUAGACAUAUGUGAACAGGAUUCGAUCGGAAUCAACCUCUUGUCAAUGAAUGAUGUCGAUGCAGCGAAACGAGACGAAGAUCAAAUGCCGUUUUCGUUUGUCUAUCCUUCGAUAUUGAAAGAAAUUCUACUGACAAUUUCGUUCGAUGAUCAACGCUUGGAUGAAUUCAUCGACUACUGUCGUGGUGCAUUCAACAAAAAUGAUCAAGCAUUGCACACGAUGAAAGAAUUUAAGCGAACUUAUAAGGAAAAGACUCCUAUCGAAUGGUUUGCACAGAAUUCACUUUUGUAUUCAAUGAUCAAUCGCGCUCUUCGACUUCUCGAUCUGCAAUUAUUGAUGAAAUUGGAUUUCUUUCUAAUCGAUCUGCAUCGUCAAAUCGAACAAUUGUCUGCAGAACAAUAUCGAAAUCAUGAUAAUGAACAAUCAGUAACAUUUUACCGUGGACAAGGUUUAUCUAAGGCAGAUUUCGAUCGACUGGCGAAACUUAAAGGUGGUUUCAUGUCACUUAAUAACUUUUUGUUCGCUAAUACGGAUUCGAAAGAACCUCUCAAUAUCGCUCGUGAUGCUGCAGAAAAUCCUGAUCUGAUCGGCGUCCUAUUUCACAUAUCUGCAAAUCCUUCAAAAGCAGUAGGACCUUUCGCUUCAAUUAGUAAAGUUAUCUCAUUACAAAGCUCAGACGAUAACAUUCUCCUCUCAAUGUUCACGAUCUUUCGUAUCGGUAAAAUGAAACAAAUCGACGGAAAUAAUCGACUUUGGCAAAUAGAUUUAACAUUAGCAACGAACGAUGACUCAGAAAUUCGGAUACCUGCGGCAUACGCUAACGAAAACACUAAUCCAAACUCCAAAGGAUGGGGACGACUGGGCAUAGUCUUGAUCAAAAUGAGUGAAUUAGAAAAAGCGCGUCAAGUUUACAAAACUAUGCUUGAACAAACGUCUGACGGUCAACAACGAGCCGGUAUAUAUCAUCAACUAGGAUGGAUCGAGGAUAGACAAGGACAUCACGAGCAGUCUAUCUCAUUCUAUAAAAAAGCACUGGAAGUUUCUCUAAAAUCACUUCCUGCAGAUCAUCCUGAUUUAGCGAUGUCUUAUAACAAUAUUGGAUUGGUUUAUUACACUAAAGGUGACUAUUCAAAAGCACUUUCAGCACAUCAGAAAGCAUUGGCUAUUCGACAAAAGACUUUGCCUGCGAAUCAUCCCGAUCUGGCAAUGUCUAAUAAUAACAUUGGCAUGGUUCAUGUCAAUAUGGAAAACUAUGCCAAAGCAGCAUCAUUCUGUGAACGUGCAGUACAAAUUGGAAUGCAAGCGUUACCACCAAAUCACAUACAUCUUCAACACUACAGAGAACAUUUCGAUUUAGUUAAGAAAAAGUUAUAA